AUGGAUGAGAUACCAGCCAAUCGGGCAGAUCCGCUGGUCGAACGGGUGUACAGUACAACAUAUGUUGUACACAGUAGUUUUGCGGGGCUGGAGAUCGGGCUGUUGCGAUGCCGUCGCGAUGCUGAAAGGGUGGAUGUCAGAUUAGAUGUUCCUUCGGCCGAGCAAAUGGCUAAUGUUCUCGUGAGUGGCGUCAUCCAGUACUACAACAAAACGAUCAAACCAUUGGCGGGUCCCGAAGCCAAAAUGGUCCUAUUUACCAAUGAUGGCAGGGAUAAUGGGAGGUCCUUCCAGGCUGGAACAUAUCGGAUGUGCUGA